AUUUCCAAGACGCAAACAGUGCUUGUUAUUAUGUCCGGGGUGGCGGACAAGCAUGCCAAGCCCCACAACCUGCCAGUGAGGUCACAUUGCUGCUGCAUGAGUGCAGAUACCAAGGGGUCGUGGAGGGGCACCAAGGGAACCCUACGCUGACGGCUGGAAAGCAUAGGUUUGAUAUGGAAUACCAGGCAGAGGCAGCCUUGCUGCUACAUAUAAGUGCCAAUUACCUGGAUAUGCCUUGUCCCCUUUCUCCCUGAAUAUGCUUUUGUCUCAUCUAGAGCUGCGCAGUCUGUUCACAGUUUUUUGCUGAACAUGGACAGUAUCCGGGUACUCGUUUUAUAUCUGGCAGUGCCAAGCCUGCUGUUUUCCGUCCUGCGCCAAAUAAUCUCCUGGAGGAAGAAAGGCGACGGCCUGACCAAACCUAUACCUGGACCUCAGCAGUUCCCUAUUGUCGGAAGAGUUCAUGACUUGGAUAGAUUUUGUAUGUGGAAGAAGUUCAAAGAAUGGGCCGAUAUCUAUGGACCUAUUUACCGGACGAGCAUGCUGGGGCAGCAGUUUAUCAUAAUAUCAGAUGUGAAGAUAGCCGAGGAGCUUCUCGUCAAGAGAGGUCACAUAUACUCUGGGCGCCCUCAGAUAAGGGCGCUCUUUGACCACAAGACGGGGCCUGGCUAUGUCGCAUUGAUGGAUCGACACGAGAUAUGGACACGCCAACGUAAAUGGGUACACGCCGCGAUGGCCGAGUUCCAUCGGCAUCAUUUCUUCGGUGUCAUCGAAAACGAGGUCAAGCGAUACCUGGCGGUACUCUUACUCGACCCCGCGAAGUUCCACGCCAACACGCGCGAGCACUGCGGGCGUAUCAUGAGUCGACUGGCAUGGGACGAUGCUUCAAUUGGCAAGGAGAACGGCGACAGCGCUGACUGCACUCUGACCCAGAUGUCAGUAUCAGGACCCAUCGUCAACACCAUGACUCCGCUAUGGGUAAUUCCAUGGAAUUGGAACCCCUGGAAGAAAUACGAAAGAGCGCGGGAAGACAAGCAAAGAGCGUGGUGGCUCGAGAGUUUCCAAGUCGCGAAAAACAGGUUCCUUCGAGGAGAGUUGCCGACAGACACGUGGUCGAACCGGUACUUCACAGGCUUGCAGAAACAGGGCAACUUAGACCUAGAGCAGAACCCGCAGGAAGAAGAAUUCGCUAGUUGCAUGUUGGGAUUCCAGAAUCUUGUUGGCGUCGUAACUAUGAGCGGUCCUAUGUUAUUCUUCUUGAUGGCGAUGUUACUCCACCCCGAGUGGCAGAAGAAAGCGCAAGAGGAAAUCGACAGGGUCUGUGGUGAUCGUGUGCCGAGUUCGAGCGAUAGUGCCGACUUACCUGUCGUUCGAGCGUGCCUAAAAGAGGCAGUUAGAUGGAGAUCAGGUGUUCCUCUUGGAGUUCCCCACCAAGCUGAAAAGGACGACGAGUUUCGCGGUGAAAAGAUCUCGAAAGGCACCAUUAUAUUAGCGUGCGAGUGGAGCAUGAACCGUGUCCCGGAGCAGUACCCCGACCCCGAGAACUUCCACCCCGAACGCUAUCUAGAAAAGGGGUGGCCGACCUACCAGGAGCCGCUCUCUCAGUAUCCCAACUUCCGGGAAGGGGUGGGAAUGCACACUUUUGGCUGGGGCCGCCGAACCUGUCUGGGCCAGCAUAUCGUGGAUGAUGAAAUGCUCGUGUCCAUGGCGGCCGUGCUGUGGGGUUUCAACCUCAACAGGAAGAUAUCCCCGAAGACGGGUGAGGUAAUCGACUUCGAUAGCGAAGCGACGAAUGCCCAUGUCAUCUUAGAGCCGUUGCCUUACCCCUGCGAAUUUCAGCCUCGCAGCGCCCAGAAAGUCGAACAGAUCUUGUCGGGCUAUGUGGGAGCUAGGGAUACCCUGCGGGUCUAAAUGAAGAGUGAUUGAUAUCUACCUCUUGAUAUAAUUUCGUUUGCUCGGCUCGGGGGCGUAUUGUGAGGACACGGUGGUUGGUAAAUACAGCGGUGGUAGAUAAUUAGGAUAAUGUGCAAUACCUAGUAGACUGAGCAAGUUUGUUCCUAAUACGUAGAAUCACUCUGUCCGA